AUGGCAAGCAACAAGGAGAGGUUGUCAGACUUGGAAACAGGUCUGGGCAUGGUGCAAGACGAGGUCGCCAGGAUGAACGACAACUUCACUGCAAAAUUUCGAGGCAUGGAGGAAUCCUUCAGACAGAUGUUGUCGGAAGCGGUGUCAAGUAUGCGAGAAGGCGGGUCCAGUGCGCCGAGAGGCGACAAGCCAGAAGAUACACCCCAACCGUCAAUGUUGGUGCACCGAGAGAGAGUUGAAGGUCCUAAUCCCUUGGCUCCGCCGGCUCUACAUCGUGGGAUCAAGCUGCUCUUUCCCAAGUUUCAGCAGGGCGAUCCAACGUCAUGGAUCAGCAAGGCCAAACAAUACUUUGCCUACCAGGAAAUACCAAUGGAGCGGAGAGUAAGGUUUGCAUCCUAUCAUUUGGAAGAGGAGGCUAACGAGUGGUGGCAGGCCACUUCCAAAACUCUCGAGGAGGAGGAAUUGUGGGCACGAUUCAGACCAUCAGCUGCGGAGGACUUUGAUGAAGCUCUGUCAAAAAUCAGACAGAAUGGAAGCUUGCGUGAUUAUCAACGAGAGUUCGAAAAACUACAAAACAAGGUAACUGGGUGGACUCAAAAAGCGCUCAUUGGUCCCUACAUUGGUGGUGUGAAGGACUCCAUAUCCGACAGUAUUCGCAUGUUCCAACCACGAACUCUCAAAGCCAAGAUUGAGUUAGCUAGAAUGAGGGAUGAUCAGUUGCAGAGGGCCAGGAGGUACACUAACACUCCUCAACGGAACGUUCGUACCAACAAUGCUAACCCAACACCGCCAGAACCAGGGUCAGCGACACCAAAGCGACUGAGCUGGGAUGAGAUGAAACGCAAAAGGAGUCUCGGGAUUGAAAAGGAAGAUGAUGAGAUUGAGAUCCCACCUGAUACGGAGGAAGCAGAGAUCACCCUACAGUCACUUACAGGAUGGGGAUCACCUAAGACCAUCCACACUUACACAGAGACACAGCGGCGGACGUUGAUCGCCUUGAUUGAUAGCGGCGCGAGCCACAAUUUCAUCAAUGACGAGACUGCGGCUCUUCUCAACCUUCAACUGACCCCGACGAAGCCGUUUCACGUAAGGGUGGCUGACGGAUUUCCAUUGCAGUGUGACGGAGUUUAUCGAAAGGUACAGACGAGGGUCGACGGUGUAAACUUUCCGAUCGAUUUAUUUCCGAUACCGCUCAAAGGACUCGACAUGGUGAUAGGGAUCCAAUGGCUCAUACAACUUGGGCCGACAUUGUGUGAUUGGGAGGCCCAAACUCUCCAAUUUACCCAGGCUGGAGAAACCAAAACGAUUCGUGGGCUUCAUCCAAUCAACAUUGAACAGGCCCAACCUGAGGAGAUUGAGAAGGAAACAAAGAUGGGCCACACUUGCUUCGCUGUCUGUUUCGAAACGGAGAGUAAUGAUGACGGUGGCUCUGUUCUUGUUGCGAUGCAGCAAUUGCUACGCCAGUACGACUACAUAUUUUGGGUUCCGGCGAAUCUGCCACCACCACGAGAUACAGAGCAUCGAAUUGUGCUUAAGGAAGGGAGCGAUCCGGUCAACGUGAGACCAUAUCGCUAUGCUCACUUUCAGAAGGAGGAGAUCGAGAAGCAGGUGCGCGGAAUGCUCGAGUCCGGUCGUUCCUGGUCUGAACACACCGAACAUGUCAAGCUGGUCUUCGAUAUCCUCCAACAACAACAGCUCUUCGUGAAGCAUAAGAAGUGCGAAUUCGGAAAAGAUGAGCUAGAAUAUCUGGGGCACAUUAUAUCUGGUGCUGGUGUCAAGGUUGAUCAGACCAAAGUCCAAGCCAUGAUAGACUGGCCGAAACCAACCACCAUCACUGAGUUGCGUGGGUUUCUUGGUGUUACGGGCUACUAUCGAAAGUUUAUCCAAAACUAUGGACUCAUUGCUCGGCCGCUGACGAACUUACUUAAAAAGGGUAAGUUUGAAUGGAGUCCUUUGGCAGAUGACGCUGUCGACAAACUCAAGACAGCCAUGACUACAACACCAACGCUGGCCCUACCAGACUUCACGAAACCUUUAAUUAUACAAACGGACGCGUCAGGAGAUGGUAUUGGGGAAAUUCUCACACAAGAAGGCAGACCGAUCGCCUACAUGAGUCGAUCAUUGGGGAUAGCAAAGCAAAAUUGGUCAACCUAUGCGCGUGAGAUGCUAGCCAUUGUCAUUGCGAUACGCACAUGGAGACCUUACCUCCUUGGUCGUCGAUUCACCAUCCAAACAGAUCAAUGCAGUCUCCGUUUCCUUCUUGAAUAG